AUGGCAACAGUUGUAGCUGCAACAUUUGCCAUUGCUAAGUCGCCUUUGAAUCACGAUCUAGUUUCUUUGACAACUUAUUCUUCUGAUUUGUUGCAUCUGGCACUCCAGGUGAUGCUGAGAGUUGACGGGCUUCAAGUCCCCUUGCGCAAGAAGCAAGAGGAGGUAAGGGAUGCCCAGAGACGGGCAUCUGAGCUCAUUGAUGUUUCCCAAUACAAUGCCAUUAGAUAUGACAUGGAAACUAAACGACGAGAGUUGGAACAGGAGGAAUUGAUGAAGCAAACUAUUGAGGCUGCUGAGGCGGAAAAGGCGAGGGCGGAUGAGCUAGAUCAGAAGGUCAAAAAUCUCCAAGCCGAUCUCAAGGCUUUGGAAGGAGCUGACAAGGAAAACGCCGACCUUCGCGCUGACAACAACCAGCUCAAAAAUGAACUUGCUUCUAGUCAGGCGGCUCAUAAAGAAGAGCUUGAAAAAGAACAACGCCGCCUGAUGGCUGAGAACGAGACCGACAAUGAGGAGCGCAUGAAGCUCGCCUGGGAGCUCAUACACCUGGACUAUGACUACGAGUUCUUCGACCUUAGGUAUAAGUAUGCCUCAGAGGUAUAUGAUGCCAAGGUCCUUGGCCUGGACCCGCCUGCUUCCUUCGAUGAGUGGGCCGGUUUGGUUGAAGAAGAGCAGCAAGAGGGUGAGCAGCAGGCGCACACUCAAGAGCCGGCUCGGGAGCAGGUGCAGGAGCAGCAGCAGCAGGAGCAACAACAUCAACAAGAGCAUCAAUGA